AUGAAGAAAAAACUUAUUUUUUAUAAUUGUUUAUUUGUUUUGCUAAAGCUUUUUGCUGCAAAAUUAGUAGACAAUCAUGAUGAUAAUUUAAAAAUGAUGUGCGAAGAAGGAAGCCAAAAAUCAUAAUGCUAAUAAAUUAAAAAAGUAGUCUUAUCACAAGAAGGAAUUGUCGAUGCUGAGGUAGAAAGCGACAGCUGUGUGCAUUACAAAUUUAGUUUUUCUCAAACUAAAAUUGAAAACCUAGCUUAAAAGCAUUAUUUCUAUUUUGAAGAGGUUCAGAAAAGCUCUUAGUUAUAUUUUUAAAAUAAUGAAAGAAAAAAUUAAGAUAGCAAAUAAUGUUUUAAACGAAGAGGAAAUAAUAAAAACAAUGUAAAAGUAAAUGCAGUAUUUAAUAUAAAAGUGUUAGAUAGUAUGCCUGUGUUUCAAGAUUUUUAUGAAGAUGAAAAUGAAGUAUAAAUGUUUAACUUAAAUGUUUUUCAUGAUCAAAUAUAACUAUCAAAAGCACUUAUUUUCUUUGAAAAUAAAAGUGUUGAAUACAAACUAAGGCAAUUAUUUUUUAUGCCAAAUUAUGUAGAAUUACAUCCAUAAAUAUAAUAACUUCUAGCUACUGAAAAGCAGGUAUUGUCAAUAUUUUAACAAAAAAAAGAUAAUGGAGAUUGCAUCUUAUAUUUAUAAUACAAUGAUGAUUAAUUUGAUUAUUUCUUUCUGCCAAUUACAGAGGAUUUUCAUUUUGACUAUGCUGAAGCUAAGGCAUAAGAAGAUCUUUCUUAACUAAAUCCUUUAUAGCAAGCAAUAAAGAAAUCCUAAAAAGCACUCCUUCUCGGUUUACCUAACAACAUAAUGAAAAUAAAUAAUUAACACUGUGCUAUUCACAGUUUCGGUUUGAUAACUUCCUUUAAGCCGAUGGUCACUUAUGCCCAUCAAGGAUAUGUAAUUUGUGCAUAGACUAUUUUCGAUGCUCUCUUUGGAUUAGAAGAUCCUUCCUAAAGCUUUAAUUUAUAGGCUUAUUCUUAUGAGGAUAUUCUUACACUAUCAGAGUAGCAGAAUAACUUAGAAGUGAACAAUUAAAAAAAAUUUACUUAUGCAAGUGUGAUUUAGGUGAAGUAAAUUACAGCUUACAUGUCUGUCAUUUUACAAGACUAAAUAGGGGCUCAAAUAAGGGGAGCACAAACAAAAUUUAAGAGACAUAACUAAGAUAAGAACGAAGAACUUCAUAUUCCAGACUCUUAACAUUAAUACAGUCUUUUCAAAAUAGUAUCAGCUUUUGAUUAGAACACAAGACUUUAUGUCAUCAAAAUUCAGACAUUUGAGGAAAUUUUGGAAGAAAAUUUUAGUCAUAAUGCAAAUAUUUUGGAGCAAACAUUAGAAUUCGUAAAUUAAAUUGAAGAACACUCAUUAGAAGAGGAAUUCCCAUUAGAAUAUAAAUCAUUUAAAAAAGUUAUGGACUAGAAGCAUAAUUUUGUCUAGAUAGAGAAGUAAACAAAUAUAUUUGUAAUUGCUUUCGACAAAAUUAAUAAAUUUUGGUAUGGGAUUUUAAAGUUUAUUAUAACUCUAUUUUGA